GUAUAAUUGUUAUCAAAAGUAUAUUGGGAUAUUGAACUGUGACUUUAUAGAAUUAUAUUGAUUGUUAGAAAUAGGAUAUUGAUUGUACAAGUAUAUCUUAAAUUGCUAAUUAACUAACAGGAGAACAUUGAAUGGUGUUGUGGGAAAGGAUAGAAAAAAUACUAAAGACAGCAACACAAAAUACUGCAAGAAAUGACAAGUUCCACAACAACUACAGUGAAGACUGGGAAGAAACCCGUUCCAGAAACAGCUAUACCAUCCCCAUCUACACAAAGAUCUAUAGAAGGAAUGUUCACAACAGACAAAACAACCUCUGUGAUGACGCACAGACCAUGCAGGCUACAUUAUUAUCUAUACAAGAAACAAUGAUAAAGCUACAGGAAAAUAUGACUAGAAACCACGAAGAAAUGAAGAUAGAAAUGGAGGAAGUGAAAAGAUUGCAAAUGAUUGAGAAGAGAACAGAAAAAACAGAACAGAAGUUGGAAUCGGUGGACCAGAAAAUGAAAGAACAGAAUAAGGAAGUGGAAAACACUUUGAUCCAGCUGGAAAUGGAGAGAGCCUCAUUCUACCUGCGAUUUCAGAAUGUGGAAGAGACGAAGGAAGAAGACUUAACAGCAAUAAUGGCUGAAAUAAUCACAGAAGCUCUCCAAAGAGGUAAGAGUGAAAUAAUUAACGAAUUGGACGUAGUUUACCGGGUUUACACGAAUUAUGCCAGAAGAUUCAGAUUGUCAAAGGAGGUCCAUAUCCGUUUUGCACGAGAAAAAAAAGCAAAGGAUAUAAUCUACAAAAUCACCAGAGAUGAGCCUAUGUCCUAUAGAGGAAAAGAAAUUAUUAUGCUAAAGCAAAUCCCGAAAAGAGUGUGUGAACAAGAGAAAGAAUAUCGCUUCCAGCCGCUCGACUUAAUAAAAAUAACACACUGUUUAGAUGGAUAACACCUGAGGGAAUGUUGGUGUCGUGGCAAGAUUAAGAUAGAUACCUUGGAAAAAGCUCAAGACUUCCACACCCAACUGGUAGGAACAGAAGAAGCGGGCAGCAACAGAGAAGAAUUGGAAUCGAGCAGCCAAGAAGACCAACAAUUAGAAACAAAAGAAAAAGAGCAGGAAGGAGAGGUAGAGAAAAGAGAAGAAAGACCACAAGAAGAGAACAGAGUAAGAACAAAGGCACAAACAGGAAAAAAACAACAGGAACUAAGUAGUAAAAACAAAGAACGAAAAUGGAAAAUAAUUUGAAAAUAAUGUCAGUAAAUGUAAAUAGACUCAAUUCUCCAUCUAAACGAAAUCAAACCUUAAAGAAAUUGGUAAAACAAAAAAUGGAUAUAGUGUGCCUCCAGGAGGUACACAUUAGAGCUCAGGAUAAGAAAUACCUACAAUAUAAAAAUUUAGGAAAACUCUAUGCAGCAUUAG